UUGUUUAUGUCAGUCAGAGACGUUUGAUGGAGGAAGUGACAAAAAGACACAAACAAACCUGUCGAGUUUCCCCAAAAGUGACAACUCCCGCGGCUUUUCAGAGACGUUAUGAAAAAUAGGAUUAUUGCCCCGAAACAUAUGUUAACACAGGGGGUAAUAAACUCAUGGAGCUGCGCAACGGCACACAGGGGAGACUAGCGCGCCUCCGGCGGUGCUGCAAGCGAGCCAAGCCGCCCAGCGCACACAUGAGGCGGGAUGAAGGUAAAGUCCUGCGCCCGCUGCCUGUGGAGACCAACGAGGACGACGAGGAGCUCAUGGAGGAGGAGGACUGUUUCUCCACGGGCUUCCUCAAGCGUGACAGUCUCCAUCCCGCCGUGUUCCUGAAGACGCCCAGGUAUAGCUUGAUCCGGGAGGUGGGUCGCGGGAGCUACGGUGUGGUGUACGAGGCCGUCGCCCGCAGGUCCGGAGCCCGCGUGGCCGUGAAGAAGCUCCGCUGCGACGCGCCCGAGAAAGUGGAGCUGGCGCUGGCCGAGUUCUGGGCCCUGGCGAGCCUGGAGAAGAAGCACGAGAACGUGGUGCAGCUGGAGGAGUGCGUGCUGCAGAGAAACGGGAUGGCACAGAAAAUGAGCCACGGGAACAAACGAAACAAACAGUAUUUGAGAUUAGUUGAAACUUCACUCAAAGGUGAGCGUAUCUUGGGUUACCCAGAGGAACCGUGUUAUCUUUGGUUUGUUAUGGAGUUCUGCGACGGCGGCGACCUCAACCAGUACAUCCUCUCACGGCGGCCUGAUCCACGGACCAACCGUAGUUUCAUGAAGCAGAUGACCAGCGCUGUGGCCUUCCUCCAUAAGAACAACAUCGUCCACCGGGACCUCAAACCAGACAACAUUCUCAUCUCGCAGAAAUCCGGCGAUCCGGUCAUCAAGGUCGCCGACUUCGGCCUCAGCAAGGUUUGCGCGGCACUCAGCUGCAUGGAGAGCGAAGGCGACAACCAGGUGAACAAAAACAUGGUGAACAUUAACAAAUUCUGGCUGUCGUCAGCAUGCGGCUCCGACUUCUACAUGGCUCCGGAGGUGUGGGAGGGACACUACACUGCCAAAGCGGACAUUUUUGCUCUCGGCAUCAUCAUUUGGGCCAUGAUUGAGCGGAUCACGUUCAUCGACGCCGAGUCCAAGCGAGAGCUCCUCGGCACAUACGUCCGCCAGGGGACCGAGAUCGUCCCGGUGGGUGAGGCCCUGCUAGAGAACCCAAAGAUGGUCCUGAACAUCCCACAGAAGACGCGGAGCAUCAUGUCUGAAGGCGUCAGGCGGCUUCUGCAGGACAUGUUGGCGGUCAACCCGCAGGACCGGCCCGACGCGUCUCAGUUGGAGGUUAGAAUGGACCAAGUCACAUGGGCGGCGUAAGUCAAACCCAUUGGCUGAAGAAAGCGAGCAUGCACAUUUUUCAGGUUUGCCCAGCGAUGGAAAUGAAAAAGGGACGUCGGAUCCUUGAACUGAAUUUCAUUUCGUGACCGCUUCCAAAAAGCAGAAGUGAAAUCAAAUGACUUAAUAUUUCUAUUUAAAAGCCCUCACAAGGAAAUGCUAUGCAGUCUUCUUUAUUAACACGCUCGUUUUCUACUGUGGAUCCUCAUGCAAGUCUUCCAAACUGACCAUGUGUUUCCUGCUCGGACCUCACCAGCAAUGUUUUCACGUUCCUCUCGUUCUCUGCUGUGACUGUGCUGAUGUUUCAGACCAGGUUUAUACACACACACACACACACACACACACAUUGCACUAUGUCCUCAAACCGAUAUAUCCCGUCUGCACCUCUGUGAAAUCCAGACAGUACAGAUGUAAAUAGUUAGAUGUUUGUGGUGAAUGCUCUAAAAUAUUCACAGGACGACAGAGAAGGAAGUUAUUAUAAAACUCACAAACAUGAAGACACACUGUGAAUGAUAUAAUGUGAAUGACUGGGUUGGUAGUGACCCGUCUCUCCUGUAGCUGGAAAUAAACCUGACCCGAACAACAGCACCUCUUUAAACAAAAACUCCCCCUUUGUGCCUUAUUUUAACAUUUUUAGAAAGUGUUGGAUUGGUUCUCUUUUUUUUUUUCUUUUUUUUUUGCAUUUGCAAAUGCUAAAUAUAUAUAUGAUCCAUUAAUGCGGUUACAAGUUUUGUCAAGUAACUUCUUUUUCUUUAAUCUAAUUCCUUCUAUUGUAGCCACUUCAUCUAGAUCUAGAACAAAAGCAGAGUAUUUGUACUAAUGCCAUUGAACAGGAGAUUGUUUGAUUUUCUAUGCAGACUCCACUUUGUGUCAAUAAUUAGACGAGGGAUCAAAUGAGUUUUGUUGUUGUUAACCUUGGUUUUCAUCUGACUUCACAUUGUUGUAGCAAAAUGUCUGAUUUCCUUUUGGCUCUUCACAUCAAAAAGCUUUAAGACAGGCGUCACAUUCACAUUGUCUGGAAUGUUUCGGUUCCGUUAGAAUGGAACAGUUUGAAAUGUUUGAAUUGUAGCGCCUCACAUCACGUGAUUCCAAACGGAAUGUUGCAGGAUGGGCAUCACUGAGUCACUCUAACUGGAUUUCUCUUAACCUCAACACACUACUUUACAGCUGUGCCAGAUAUCAGAUCUUUGUUUAAAAGAAAAAAGGCUUUAAAUUGAAAGAUGCAUGUUAAUUGUACUCCUGAGCACAUUCACGGUUGAAAGAACAGUUUUCAAGCCAUCCAAGAUGUGGAUGAUUGUUUCUUUGUCAGAAAUUAGAGAAAUGGAUAGAUCUUCUAUAUAGCUAUAGAUCUUCUGCAGUGAAUGGGUGCCGUCAGACUAGAGCGAUGUGGAUUAGCGUUACAUGUGGAUUAUUGUGAUGUUUUUAUCAGCUGUUUGGACUCUCAUUCUGAUGGCACCCAUUCACUGUAGAGCAUCCAUUGGUGAGCAAGUGAUGCAAUGCUACAUUUCUCCAAAUCUGAUGAAGAAACAAACUCAUGUACUGUACAUCUACUGUACAUCUUGAAGGGAAUGAGAAAGUGAAGAUUUUUAAGGUGAACAUAAAAGGUCACAAUAAGAAGCCGGUCGCAUUUUUUUUCCUGUGAACUGGACAUUUGUACCAGCCAGUGAGAAAUCGUUUUUUCGUCUGUCAGUGUUUUAGUUUACAUUCUUAGUGUUUCUACCUCACUUUCCCUCACUAUCGUCGUGUGUCGCAUCUUUUCAGUGGCAGUACUUUUAUCCAUAGCAUCUCAAACAGACAUUUCACUGUUUAUGUUGGUUUUUUUUUUUGGGAUGAACGAGUUGCAGAACCAGAGCUUUUAUAGUAAAACUAAAAUAUCUUUGCAUUUAUCGCACAUGAUCUCUUUAUUGAUGGAAAUAGUUCCUCCUCUUCAGUGUUUCAGAGGCUUUCUUCAGGUUUCUUCACAUACAGGGAACUAGUUCUAGUUGUUCUUUUAUCGAGACAAGUUGAUGUUUUUCCAAGGACGUUGGAGGUCUGAAGUUGUUAGGAUCAGACUUUUAGUGUAACUCACCUUGAAAUACCAAAAAAACCUCAUGGACUCGUCAGUAAUGUCAUGUUUCUUGUCCCUCAGGUGUUCACUGAAAAAGGUUUGCGGGUCAAACAAACACGACGACUAUUUAACGAUACUAACCUAACCAGAGAUACGCACACUGACUAAUCACUACAGACACGCAAACCAAACUCUUCUCUUUCUAGUUGUUUUCUUUCUGUCCGAGUUUCACUGAUUAUUUUGAGAUUACAGAAGUUUUAUAUUGUGCAAAUGUCUUCUUGUGGUUAAUAUUGAACUGGGUUUGGUUGAUGAUGCUAUGAGCCAUUUGAUGUUUUUACAAAGCAGUCUUUUUAAAUUGUGUGUAGUCUCUUGUUUUGUUGAAAUAAAGAAAUCGGAGAAAAUAA